CUUUAUCGUAAACUGGUGUCACAUGACCUGCGGUUCAUUUUCCGUCAUGGCGGCCGUGAAACAGGCGCCGCUCCUCGCUCUGCUCGUCGUCGCUGGUGAAGUUUUAAGUUUUCCUCUCGUCCAGGAAACACAACCCGCCACCAGCUGCGGAUACGAGUCAUGUCACGUGACCAAGCCCAACAUGCUGAACGUGCACCUGGUGCCUCACACACACGAUGAUGUUGGUUGGCUCAAGACUGUGGACCAGUAUUACUAUGGAGACCGUAAUGACAUCCAGCAUGCAGGGGUGCAGUACAUCCUGGACUCUGUGGUUGAUCAGCUGUUGAAGAAUCCAGACAGACGGUUCAUCUACGUGGAGACGGCCUUCUUCUACCGCUGGUGGAGGCAGCAGAGCUCCAGCAUGCAGCAGACGGUCAAACAGCUGGUGAACGAAGGUCGGCUGGAGUUUGUGAAUGGCGGCUGGUGUAUGAGUGACGAAGCCACCACCCACUACAGUGCCGUCAUUGACCAGAUGACUCUGGGCCUGAGGUUCCUCAACGACACCUUUGGAGCGUGUGGCCGACCCAGAGUCGCGUGGCACAUUGACCCCUUUGGCCACGCUCGCGAACACGCCUCCAUGUUUGCACAGAUGGGAUAUGACGGCUUUUUCUUCGGGCGUCUGGACUACCAGGACCGGACUCACAGGAUGGUGCAGCGGGAACAAGAGCUUCUGUGGAGGGCGUCUGACAGCCUCACGCCCCCCAUGGCUGACCUCUUCACUGGGAUCCUUCCCAACGGGUACAACCCCCCCGAGGGCUUCUGCUGGGACCAGCUCUGCCACGAUGCUCCGAUCAGAGACGACCCCCACCUGGAGGACUAUAACGUUGACGAUGUGGUGAAGCGCUUCCUCGUCAUCGCGAACAGUCAGGCUAAGGUGUAUAAGACCAAUCACAUCAUAAUGACCAUGGGCUCAGACUUCCAGUAUGAAAACGCCAACUUAUGGUACAAGAACCUGGACAAGCUGAUCCACUAUGUCAACGCCCAGCAGGCGAACGGCAGCAAAGUCAACGUGCUCUACUCCACGCCCUCCUGUUACCUCCAGGAGCUGCACCGAGCCAACCUCACCUGGACUUUGAAGAGAGACGAUUUCUUCCCCUACGCAGACAACGCUCACGAUUUCUGGACCGGCUACUUCACCAGCCGCCCGGCCCUGAAACGCUACGAGAGGAUCAGCAACAGCAAUCUGCAGAUAUGUAAGCAGCUGGAGGUCCUCGCUGGUCGAGCCUCCAGAGAGGGGCCGUACCGGGGCGCGGACAGUGACACCAUGAAGGAAGCCAUGGCUGUGGCCCAGCACCAUGACGCAGUGUCCGGCACUGAGAAGCAGCACGUAGCCAACGACUAUGCCAGGAGGCUGGCUGACGGCUGGCAGCACUGUCAGCUCCUGAUCAGUAACAGUCUGGGUGCUCUGACUGGUGUGUUUGGGAAACAGAACUACUGCGACCACCUGAACAUCAGCGUGUGUCCUCCCACCGAGCUCUUUAAAAAGUUUUUGGUCGGCGUGUACAACCCUCUCGCUCGGCCAGUCACGUGGCCGCUCAGGCUGCCUGUGAAUGGAACCGCGUACACGGUCUCUGAUGUCAGAGGGAAAGCUGUGCCAUGUCAGGUGGUUCCAGUGUCCAGAGCCACUCAGGAGCUGAGGAGGAACCGAGGCUUCGCUGUGAACGAGCUGGUGUUUGAGGUCCAGGCUCCUCCAUUGGGCUACACCACGUACUCGGUGUCGCUGGUUCUGGAUGGUCCACCUCUCGCCUCCGUACGGCACCGCACACCCACAGUGAUCCAGAACAAGUUUCUACAAGUGACCUUUGACCCUGACACCGGCCUCUUGAGCAGCCUCAGCAACCUGGAGACAAAGCAGAGCAUCAAACUCACACAGAACUUCUACUGGUACAACGCCAGCGACGGCAGGAACGUGGAGAGCCAUCAGGCGUCUGGAGCCUACAUCUUCAGACCCAACUCCUCCACACCUUUCAUCAUUAGUAAAACCGCCAAGACCGGAAGCAUUCAGACGUCUGUGGUGCAGGAAGUGAGGCAGUGGUUUGCUCCCUGGGUGUCUCAGGUGGUUCGACUCUACGCCGACAGCAGAGCUCUGGAGCUGGAGUGGACAGUGGGGCCGCUGCCCAUAGACGACCACCUGGGGAAGGAGGUGAUCACCCGUCUGGACACCAGCAUCCAAACCUCAGGCGUGUUCUACACGGACUCCAACGGCAGAGAGGUCCUGCAGAGGAGGAAAGACUUCAGACCGACGUGGAACCUGAACCAGACUGAGCCCAUCGCUGGAAACUACUACCCCAUCAACUCCCGCGCUUUUAUUAAGGAUGACAUGGACCAGCUCACGGUGGUGACUGAUCGCUCUCAAGGAGGAGGAAGCAUCCACAACGGUUCUCUGGAAAUCAUGCUCCAUCGCCGACUGCUGUACGACGACAACCGUGGAGUUGGCGAGCCUCUCAACGAGACGUCCGACAUCUUCCCGGAGGGGCUGGUUGUCCGCGGACGCCUCCUGCUCUCCCUCGAACGCCCCAGCGCCGCCGCUGACAGGCACCGGCCCCUGGCAGAGCAGGAGGUCCUGCAGCCGCUGCUGACGUUCAGUGAAGGAGAUCUGAGGCCAGGCGUUAAAUUUGAGUUCUCGGGGCUCCAGGCUGCACUGCCCCCUGCUGUUCAUCUGCUGACACUGUCACAAUGGGACAAAGACUCUGUUCUCCUGAGGCUGGAGCAUCAGUUCCAGAGCCGGGAGAGCAAAGUGAACUCUCAGCCCGUCACCAUCAGCCUGCAGAAGCUGUUUUCCUCUCUGGAUGUGCUGGGCGUGUCUGAGCUGAACCUGUCGGCCAAUCAGUGGAAAGAGGAGAUGAAACGGUUUGACUGGACACCAGACGAAGAGGAGAAGACUGUGCUGAAGACACUCCAGGUCCCUUCAGAGUGGGAGGUGACCUUGAAGCCGAUGGAGAUCCGAACUUUCCUGCUCAAAGUCCGACUCGUAUGAACGUUUACACAUGAAAAUUAAUUAGUGAUGCACUUUCUUGCUGGGUUUUGAUUUGACCAAGUGGGGACAGAUUUUAAAUGAGGCAAAGAAUAAGACGGUGCUCUCAGCACAACAUCAGGUAAACCGGCAGUCACUGGGCUGAGCUUCAGGUUUCAUUAUCAACACUGAUUAUGAUUUUUGUACCACAUUGAUGAAUGUAAGAACAUUUUGUCCAUUUUUUCGACAUAAUUAGCUGAAGCUGCCUUUUUUGUACUGUAGGUCACAUUAAAGUCAUAGUGGUUCCAAAAAGCCCCGCAUCUGACACAAACAUCAGCCUUGAAACAAAUCUCACCACUUCUGUGCCUUAUUCUGGUGCCUCUAAGUAUCAACUGUGCAAUAAGUGAAACUAUUUCUACUUCUGUAUAUACUUUGUAAAUGAUUUUAUACUGAGAAUCAAGCAGCUGGGAAUAAAAAUGUAUCAUUUA